AUGCGCGUCGCCUGCCGCGCGCUGGUGCAGCGACACGUGGGUCUGAGGGCUGUGCCGUACAGAUCCGCUGGCGAUGAAGGCACUGCAAGCCUUUGCAUGAGCGCCGUGCAGACCUUGCUGGUGCUUCGGGCCCUUUUCGGUCUCGAGGAGGCCGAAGAGAGGCCGGCCUUGGAUGGCUCAGCCGCUGUCGGGCUGCUGAACGCUUGGCCUCGUGUGGCCUCUUCACCGGCCUCCGGUGGACUGCCCAUGUGCGAAGCCGGCGGGGCUGAAGAGUCGGCGCACUUCGAGUGGCUGAACUUCGAGUCGGAGGCCGACAUGCGCCACGCGGCGUGGCUGAAGGCUCGCAGCCGGGGCUUCCGGCUCCCCGCCUCCAUCUCCGUCCUCACGCUGCCGGGCAGCGCGUCCAGCACGGGCCGGGACUCCGCAUAUUUGCACAUCGCAGUCAACCACGCAGUGACUGACGCCGCCGCCAUCGUGCCGCUGGUGGCUGACCUGCUGGAACUGCACCGGGCAGCGAGAACUUUGGCAGCUUCCGAGGACCUUGAGGCCUCCGCCGGAGCGGCGCUGCGGAGCUGUCGCCUGCCCCCGGCGCCGGAUGGCUUGGCUAUCGCCGAGGCAAGAUUGCGGCAUGCGGUGCUGGACAAGCGCGAGGACGAAGGCUGGGAAGAUCGACUGGACCUGGCCCACAACAGCUGCCCUCCACGGAAGCGAGGCUACGACCACUACGUGAAGUUGGCGCCAAGCGCCGGUCGCCUGCUGGAGGCUGGCGCCGGCGUGACCGGAGUGCCCACUGAUCACUUGAUGGUGGCGGCUUUGACGGUGGCGCUCAGCGUCGCCGCAAAGAUGCCGGAGGUGAAGCUCAGCCUCAUCGUGCCCAUGCGCGACGGCCCUGGGCACGGGCAAGCGGUGGCCAACUUGGCGUCCACACGGCACCUCAGCGUUUGGGUCCAGGGCAGGUCUCUCUUCGACGUGGCCUCGGACCUGUCGACCCGAUUCCGCCACAGCCUUGACAUCGGGGGGCCCAUGCAGAUGUUGGGGUGA